UUCAUCUGUAACCUUGAACUUCCCAUCCUGAUAGACGUACUCUACAUAUAGAGGAAAAAGCAACGAUGUACCGUGUUUUUAACCAGACUGGUGAAUUCAACCAACACUUAUCUGAUCGUAGCAAAUUUCACAAUGGCUUUUAAAUCGAUGAAUUUGCAUUGUGUUUCGCAACCCACAGCUUCAUGAAACUCCAAACACUUUGCCGUGUAUCGCUAUAUGAGAUCUAUAGAUCCUGGGAACCAAUCAAUACCCUGUCUCCGUAUAUAGGUACGUUCAAGCCGCGAGUCAUCACAGGUAAUUUUCGCUGUUCAACUAAAGACCAGAUAAAUAUGGCACAUCCAGGAUGUUACAGCGUUUGGUUCUGAUGUGGGAUUGACGGAAAACAGGACAUUUUCCUGUAGUGUAAAAGAAUAGGAACUUUGCUCAAGAGAUAUAAUCAAAAAGAUGGAAGAUUCGUGGAAGAGCGACGUUGCUCUGCAGAUUCACGACGCCCUGGAAGAGAUGUACCGUGAAUCACGUCAUACUGACGUCAACGUCACAGUGGAAGACCGGACUUUCCGAUGCCAUCGGGCGGUUCUCGCGGCCGUGUCGCCUUACUUCGAUGCCAUGUUUUUAUCAGGGAUGAAAGAAAGCAUCGACGGGGUCGUAAACUUACAAGGAAUAUCAAAAGAAAACUUCGAAAGUAUCAUCAAGUUUAUCUACACAGGAUCAAAAGUUGUCACUAAGACAAACGCCGAGGAACUACUGAAAGCAAGUGCCCUUUUUCAGAUCAAACAACUACAUGUUAAAUGCGAACAGUUUCUUCUGGACAAAAUAAACAACGAAAACUGUAUUGGUGCUUGGAAGUUAGCAAAAACACACGAAUGUCCAAAUCUGUCGGAAAAGGCAUGGGAGAUUAUCAUGUUCAAUUUUCAAGAUAUUUGUCGAUCGGAGGAUUUCCAGUGUCUGGAUAAAGAUGAUCUGAUAGAAAUCAUUACCCAUGAUGAUCUCCACGUCAGCAGUGAGGAACUUGUCUGUGAUUCUGUAUUCCGGUGGUAUGCCACUGAUCCAGAGGGAAGAAAGCAAGACACGAUACAUCUGUUCGAGUAUCUGCGACUCCCUUUACUUGGCUCGGAGUACCUUCUACACGAAGUGGAACCUCUCAAUAUUGUCAACGAAAACUCGCGGUGUCGGGAAAUCGUGAAAGAAGCUAUACAAUAUCAACUGCUGCCUUCCAGGCGAUGGGACUUUAACUCGCCUCGCGUGGCUUUUCGAAAGUAUGCAUCUGUAGAAGACGUCCUUAUCGUCAUCGGGGGAUACAAUUCAGUCGGGGAGAAAGUGGUUGAUAUGUUAGCGUACAGCUUUAUCCAAGCUAAAUGGUUCUUCUUAACUCCCAUGCCUGUGCAGCUUGGAAGAGAGUUUGCAACCGUUGUUUACGGAAACGAUAUAUUUGUAUCAGGUGGAUCUCAGAAACUCGAUUGCCUGCUUCGGUACCGUGCAGAAAACAAUGACUGGUACAGAUGCACCUCUCCAGUUCAAGGCAGACGACGUCAUGUAAUGGUGGCGGUAUGCGAAAGCAUAUUUGUUCUUGGGGGAUAUGACGACACAAUCAAAGAUGAAAAUAAGCGCACGCUAUCGUCUGUUGAAGAGUACCUCAUUAACGCGCGAACUUGGAGAAAAGCUGGUGAUAUCGUGCAUGCUGUACGAUCCAUGUCGGCCGCUGUAUCAAAGGAAAAAAUAUACGUGUUUGGUGGUAUCUUAGCAGAUGACAAAGAGUCGGAUGCCAUUCAGUGCUUCGAUACGCGUCUGUCAACAAGUUUAGUCGUGUCUUUCCUUCCAUCCCCGUGCAAGUUAUCAAAAACCGUGGUCUGUGAUAAACACGUUUAUAUCGUAUGUACUGACGGUUCUCUUUUGGAAAUGUCCGAGAAGGGAGAUGUCAGCUGUGUUCAUACUAUGAAGUACUUUAACCGAAGGCGUUUUGGCGCACUUCACAGGAAAGGGGGCAUAUUACUGGUUGGUGGGGAGAGCGGCAAUGCGAUCAGUCAGAAAAUCGUAUUCCUGAACCCCGACAAAAAAUGGACGGAGUAUACCUAUAGUACUACUAUGCCCGCAAGAGCCAACUUUGGAAGCCUAAUUAUCAUUCUGCAGAAGAAAUAUCUUACUAGGACAUUUAAAUCGGAUUGAAUCAAAAGCGACUUAAACUUUUCUUUAUGGUUUACUAAAUGUGCUUGAAACUGAUAAAGACUGAAAUCUUGAAUGUAUUUUUACUCAUUUUUAUUCUAAAAAAAAUCAAAUUUUUUAUGCAUAUUGGAUGAUUUUAUUGGAUGAUUUUAUUUUUGUUUAAAGUUUCAAUUCAUUAGAUACAUAUGAACAUGUGAAUAAAAAUAAAUCUA